AAGUCUACCGUUCGGAUGCAAAUUUGCAAAUAGUCGCCGCAGAUCUCUCGCCGCCGCACCCGCCGUGCUAGCUCGCCGACUUGACCGUCGUCCCGUGACUCGUCGAUCGCCGGCCACCCCUAUCUGGUAGUCGGAGUCGUCGCUCGUGGCCUAGCUCAUGUCCAUCUCUUCUCUCUCGAUUUCUAGUUCUGCUCCUUCGAUUAUAAGCUCUUGAUUUCUAUCUCCACCAGCUCUUCAUCUCCCCUCAACUUUUCUCCUACCGAAGACUUCUUCUUCAAGUAAAGAUUGACUGAUACUCAAAAUGACUAAGCAAAUGGUUGAAGUUCCUCCAAAGGGUGGAUUUAGCUUUGAUCUGUGUCGGAGGAAUGCUAUGCUUGCUAAGAAGAAUGAGGGUGCUAAGGCCCCUUCUUUCAGGAAAACAGGAACGACGAUUGUGGGGUUGAUUUUCCAGGAUGGUGUUAUUCUUGGAGCUGAUACUAGAGCAACUGAAGGACCUAUAGUUGCUGAUAAGAACUGCGAGAAAAUUCAUUACAUUGCACCCAACAUAUAUUGCUGUGGUGCUGGAACUGCUGCAGAUACAGAGGCAGUAACAGACAUGGUGAGCUCACAGCUGCAAUUGCAUCGGUACCAUACCGGCCGUGAAUCCAGGGUUGUGACGGCGUUGACACUUCUGAAGAGGCACCUUUUCAACUAUCAAGGUCACGUUCAGGCUGCUCUGGUUCUUGGCGGAGUUGAUGUUACUGGACCUCACUUGCACACCAUAUAUCCCCAUGGCUCAACAGACACACUGCCAUUUGCUACAAUGGGUUCGGGUUCUCUAGCUGCAAUGUCUGUAUUUGAAGAUAAAUUCAAAGAAGGCUUGACGAGAGAUGAGGGAAUUAAGCUGGUGACUGAGGCAAUAUGUGCGGGUAUUUUCAAUGAUUUGGGAUCUGGAAGCAAUGUUGAUGUCUGCGUGAUAACUAAGGGUGAUAAGGAGUACCUGAGGAAUCAUCUGAUGCCAAACCUGCGUACAUAUGUCAGUGAGAAAGGGUACACUUUCCCCAAGAAGACUGAGGUUCUCUUGAUGAAGAUUACUCCUCUGAAGGAGACAGAAGAAAUUUCUGAAGCCAGGGACGAUAUGGAAGAGUAGAGUUCUCAUAGUGAUACUUGUUUGAUGCUUCUAAUGGGUUGGGUGGAAUCAAGUUCGGGUGGAAGAGAUGGAACAAUUACUUCAGCUGGUUCAGUAUUCAAGGCUUAGCCUCUUUGGCAUAUGUAAACUCGAACACACUAGCAAAGUUCUUGAUGUGAUGACCCAUCAAAGAAGUUUGUGUGAGGAAAUUACAAUGAACUGUGUGACAAGUCUGGUUUCAGAUGAAUCCUGUGUCUAUUAAAUCCUCUUUAUCUGACGUACAGAUCUGUGGUGUUCUUUGUUGA